CCAUGUUCACGUGCCUCCAAAACUCCACUUGAUCAUUUUAUAAUAACACAUCUAAGAUUCACCAAACCACAUGAAUAAGUAAAAUACUACUAUUGCUGAAACACCAAGUUCAAAUAUAUUGACUCAAAAAAUACAAGUCCACAUCCCAAUUGGCCACUCACAUCUCAGAUCAAAACAAAACAUUCACACAUUAUUAAAAAAAGAUGUCUUUGUUCAUAGAUCUAAAUACAAAACUCCUACAUUUAAUGUAAACCUCACUGUGUCGGUAGUAGUAACAUAAAGCACUAAACUUUAUGCUUUUCUUGAUCUUUUACACUCUUUAAAGUGUAUCAGCAACCAAGAAAAUCUUGCAGGAGCAACCCGAAAAAACAAAAAAUGGGGUUCACAAUGGGACUAAACUUGCUUCUUUUGGUAGCUAUGGUCGCUACCAACAUUCUAUCUUUGUAUCACCUUUCUUCUAAUAUCCAAUCAAAACCCCCUGUUGCUCCACCUGUACCUGACCACCUUCUUCAUCAACUUCAAACCAUACGCGCCACCAUUAACCACCUCACGCGCCUCCAACCUCAAACUCCUCCAUCUGCUAAAACCAAGAAAUCUUCACUGACUAUUCCUUCUGACCUCUUACUUUACACUCAUCUAUCACCUAUUGCUUCUUCUUGUAAAGAUAAUCCUGAUUUGCUUCAUCAGUACAUGAGCUAUACACCUUUUGCACUUUGCCCCUCAGAUUCUUCUGUAGCUGAGUCACUUAUCCUUAGAGGUUGCCACCCUUUACCAAGGAGGAGAUGUUUCUCAAGAACACCUUCUAGUAUUCCCACUUCACUACCUAAAACCCCAUUUUCUACAAUUCCUGAAAAGGCUUUGUUGUGGAAUAGUUAUUCCUGUAAGAGCUUUUCUUGUUUGUCUAAGUCUAAUCCCAACAUGGGAUUUGAUAUGAAAGUUGAGCAAUCAAGAUACUUGGGUUAUAAAUCAGAUCUAGAUCUCCCAAUCCCACAGUUUCUUCAGCUAACUAAGUCAUCAAAAAGUGUGAUUAGGCUGGCACUUGAUAUUGGUGGUGGUACAGGUACUUUUGCAGCACAAAUGAAGCUGAAUAAUGUGACUGUUGUGACCACAACAAUGAAUCUUGGUGCCCCUUAUAGUGAGACUGUAGCACUUAGGGGAUUAGUGCCAUUACAUGUGCCUUUGCAGCAAAGGCUGCCUGUGUUUGAUGGGGUGGUGGAUCUUGUGAGAUGUGGGCAUGCUGUGAAUAGGUGGAUUCCUCUGACUAUGAUGGAGUUCUUGCUUUUUGAUGUUGAUAGAGUUUUGAGGGGUGGUGGGUACCUCUGGUUAGAUCAUUUCUUUAGUAAAAGAGAGGAUCUUGUUAAGGUUUUUCAACCCUUGAUCUGGAAAUUGAACUAUAAGAAGGUGAAGUGGGCAGUUGCAAAUAAGAAUGAUGCUAGUGGUGUGAAGAAUGGGGAAGUUUAUUUGACGGCUCUUCUUCAGAAGCCAGUUUCAAGAUGAUCAUCUAUUCCAGAUACCACUGCUAGAUGUCGAUGAUUAUUCAAUGCCAAAUGCUACGUUGUGUCAAGAUAUUCUCUCCUUCUCAAGAUGGAGAUAUGUGAUUAGUCUGCAUUUGGUGUGAGAAAAUUUUUAAGGAUCAAAACUAUAGAAAGCUGUGCACCGCAGAAAUAGAGUCUGCAGCAAACAACAGUAGCAGCUCUAAUAGAUAGUUAUUUCCCUUCAUUCAUUUGUCAGUUUGGUGUAAUCUAUACUGAAUUUGGGACUAUACAAGUGGAUAAUUUGGUAGAGAGAACAGAGCUGGAGGUUUGAAAAUGAUUAUUAUAGCUGUAAAGAUAUUGCAGGAUAGUGAAAAAUAACUGCAAUCCCCUCUGCCAUCUAUAAAGAGUGAUGCUACUGUGACAA